AUGCCAGAGGAAGAAUAGGGCGCAUGUAGAAGGUAGAUAUCUCACGGAAAUUGAGGAGUUGAGAUAAGAGAAAUAAUAUGGUUCCACUGGGAUCCUGCUACAAUGAACCUCAUUUAUCUCUUCUUAUACGAAAAUUGUGAUCAGAUUGGCCCAGGCUAUCCUUUGUUCACCACAAUGAUAAAAACGCUCCUGCUGUUGUUCUCAGUGGGCCUUCCGGUCGGUUAUGGAUUUGUCUCAAACGUGUCUACAAAAGAAGUAUUUCUCAAAUUCGAAACCAUGGCCUACCAGCAUCCCGAAUGUUUCCAGGAAACGCAAGUCAAUGAAGAGGAGGUCGUCCAGUACUUCGAAGAGUUCAAGUUCUCAAACUCGUCUAACUUCAAGUGUUUCCUUAACUGUCUGUACACGAAGUUGAACUUUGUAAAGCCUAAUGGUGAUCUGGACGGAGACGAGAUCUUUAGAACCACGGACAGGACGACCCGGAAAGUAAUUGACGGUUGUAUUGCACUGGUCCAGUCCGAACCGGAUCGAUGUCAACGACUGUACGACAUGGCCUCUUGUGUCAUUCAUUCCCAGGAUUAUGGCGUAUAAAUCUAUGUCUAAAACUUUAACUGUUUAACUGUAUACAAUUUGAUCUAUGUAAAACACUUCCUGUAGCGGGCUACUGAAAUAGAUUAGUGCAAUUGAA